AUGGCUGCACGAGUUUUAUUUCGUUCGUUUUCAACGAAUAUUGCAAAAUGUUCAAGUAAUAAAAAUGCAAUCGGCGGUAGAAAUUUAGUUGAAGCUAUCGCAGUCACCGAUAAUGGCAAAACAAUUGUUGCCUGGCACCCGGACCAACCAUUUCCAUACGAAUGUUCUCGUCCAAUACCUCCAGUAGUGUCCAAAGACUCCGGUUCGUUAUUGAAGGAGGCUUCUUUGACCACCGCAAUGCGUGCUUUCAAAGACAAACAUCCCGAGGUAGCUCGUCAGGAAUUAAUGAAACUGACCCACACAACAAAACACCGCUGGUUCCCCAGGUCUAGAGAUAAGAGGGCAAAGAAGACGCCAAUGGACAGACCAUAUCUGUAG